CAUUUACCAGAUGGCGAUGUCUUUGUCAGUUGCUUACAUAACAUUGCCUGUCGCAUGUUUCUGAGCUGUCCCUUCCUUAGCUCUUAGGUACAAGAAGUUCGCAGCAGAUUUUCGGUCAUAACAGUGUCUACAGGGUGUAUCUUAGUACAUACAAGAUCCGAAUGCCCGACAGUCGAGCUGCCAACUGUUGACCAGACUUCGACACGAUGUCGAUGAAGAUUCUCGUCGUGCUUCUCAUCACAACAACCACAGGAACAGCUGUUGCACGUCCACCGGAGUGGGAUAGCCAGGAAGGCAACCAGCUGCAGGACGUCAUCACAGUUCCCCGAGGGAGCACGGUUAAACUGCGCUGUCCCGCGACUGGUGACCCCCGCCCUACCAUUACAUGGUUAAGGGCAGGACAGGACAUCACAGGGUCUGAUAGAGAUGGUCGCCACAAGAUCCGAAUCAGGUCCUGGACCCUUGCGAUAUCUGAAAUAACAGAAUCAGACGGUGGAAGUCCCUACACCUGUAUCGUGGAGAAUGCCCUCGGCAGCAUCAACCACACGUUCAAGUUGAUUGUCACAGGAGCGAGUGAAGUAUUGCUGCUAGCGAGAGAAGACGAACUGCGGAUGAUAUCACUGGGAUCGCCAGACUACACAAACGUAGUUGUCCCGAUCGAGGGAAUCCAGCGCGCCGCCGCCAUUGACUACGAUGUGGUGGACGGGUUUGCGUACUGGACAGAUGUCGAGACCGAGGUCAUCAGACGGGCUAGACUUGAUGGCUCAGGUGUUGAAGAUGUAGUCACCACGCAGGUAGAAUCCCCCACGGGUAUUGCUGUAGACUGGAUAGGAAGAAACCUUUACUGGACCGACGAAGGCACACAGAGAAUAGAAGUCAUCCGACUGGAUGGGACGUCACGUAAAGUUCUUAUCUAUGAGAACCUCGACAAACCACGAGCCUUGGUGGUCGACCCUUCAGAAGGAUAUAUGUACUGGACGGACUGGGGCGAGGACCCCAAAAUCGAGAAAGCUGCCAUGGACGGCAGCAACCGUACUGUUCUGUUCAAGCGGUCUGUGCACUGGCCAAACGGUCUUGCUAUCGACUACACAGCCAGGAAACUAUACUGGGGAGACGCGAGGACCGACAAGAUCGAAUACGCCAACCUGGACGGCACUGGCCGCAGAGUCCUUCUGGAUGAAGGCUUGUCGCACAUCUUUAGCUUGACUCUGUUGGGUAAUCACGUUUACUGGACGAACUUGGGAGGUGAGAGUAUAGAGCGGGUGCACAAGACCACGGGAGCUGACCGUCAGGUUAUAGUGGAGUUAUCUGACCUCAUGGGACUGAGGGCGGUGAAUGUGCAGAAAACAGAAGGAGAGACAAACCCGUGCCAGCCCAACAAUGGAGGAUGUUCCCAUCUGUCUGCUGUCUCCUGAUCCUCCAAACUACAGGUGCGCCUGUCCUACAGGUAUCAGGCUACAGGAGGAUGGGAGGACAUGUGCUGAUGGAACGAACGAAAUAUUGCUGGUGGCCAGAAGAACAGACCUACGGAUGAUCUCCCUCGACAAGCCCGACUACACGGACGUAGUUCUACCGAUCGAUGACGUCAAAUACGCCAUCGCUAUCGACUAUGACGUAGCGGACGGGUU